AUGAACCCAGAGUCAGCAACGUUUGACCCUACCAACAGCAUCCACCUCACUGCAUCAACAGUCAAUCAAGUCACAAACCAAACCAUCACACCCUCAACCACAACCACAACCAACACAAUGGGUUACGGCAACGACUACGGCAACUCUGACCGCUCAAGCGGCUACGGCGGCUCGUCUGGUGGUGGAUACGGCGGCUCGUCAGGCGGCGGCAGCAACUAUGGCGGAUCCGGUGGAGGAUACGGUGGAGGAAACAACAACUCCAACAACAACUCGUCCAACAACCACUCCAACCGCGGUCCAGGUCUCAACAGCGAGAAGAAGAUGGACAUGGCGUAUGAGACUGGGUACAAGGAUGCCAUGGACAAGGUCAAGGAGGACCUGAUGGGCCAGAUUGGUGGAAACAACAACAACAACAACAACUCCGGCGGUCGCAGGUAG